CCGCCGCCUACUCCCGCCGGCGGAUCCUGCGCCGCCGUCGCCGCCUCUGCCGCUGCCUCUGCCGCCCCCAGGGCCGAAGCCAUGGCGGGUGUCUCGUCCCCUUGCGCCAAUGGCUGCGGGCCUGGCGCGCCCUCAGACGCCGAGGUGCUGAACCUCUGCCGCAGCCUUGAGGUGGGCACCGUCAUGACUUUGUUCUACUCCAAGAAGUCGCAGCGGCCGGAGCGGAAGACCUUCCAGGUCAAGCUGGAGACUCGGCAGAUCACGUGGAGCCGCGGCGCCGACAAGAUCGAGGGGGCCAUUGACAUUCGAGAAAUCAAGGAGAUCCGCCCAGGGAAGACCUCACGGGACUUCGACCGCUACCAAGAGGACCCUGCUUUCCGGCCGGACCAGUCACACUGCUUUGUCAUCCUGUAUGGCAUGGAAUUCCGCCUGAAGACCCUGAGCCUGCAAGCUACAUCUGAGGAUGAAGUGAACAUGUGGAUCAAGGGCUUGACGUGGCUGACAGAGGACACGCUGCAGGCGGCCACACCCCUGCAGAUUGAGAGGUGGCUGCGGAAGCAGUUCUACUCAGUGGAUCGGAAUCGGGAGGACCGCAUCUCAGCCAAGGACCUGAAGAAUAUGCUGUCCCAGGUCAACUACCGGGUCCCCAACAUGCGCUUCCUUCGAGAGCGGCUGACGGACCUGGAGCAGCGCAGCAGCGACAUCACCUACGGGCAGUUCGCUCAGCUGUACCGCAGCCUCAUGUACAGCGCCCAGAAGACGAUGGACCUCCCCUUCUUGGAAGCCAGCGCACUGAGGGCAGGGGAACGGCCGGAGCUUUGCCGAGUGUCCCUUCCUGAGUUCCAGCAGUUCCUCCUUGAGUACCAGAGGGAGCUGUGGGCUGUCGACCAAUUCCAGGUGCAGGAGUUCAUGCUCGACUUCCUCCAAGACCCCUUGCGAGAGAUUGAGGAGCCAUACUUCUCCCUGGAUGAGUUUGUCACCUUCCUGUUCUCCAAAGAGAACAGCGUGUGGAACGCAAAGCUGGACGCCGUGUGCCCAGACUCCAUGAACAACCCUCUCUCCCACUACUGGAUCUCCUCCUCGCACAACACGUACCUGACCGGGGACCAGUUCUCCAGCGAGUCCUCUCUGGAAGCCUACGCCCGCUGCCUGCGGAUGGGCUGCCGCUGCAUCGAGUUGGACUGCUGGGACGGCCCCGACGGGAUGCCGGUCAUUUACCAUGGACACACCCUCACCACCAAGAUCAAGUUCUCAGACGUUCUGCACACCAUCAAGGAGCAUGCCUUUGUGGCCUCGGAGUACCCGGUCAUCCUGUCCAUUGAGGACCACUGCAGCAUCGCCCAGCAGAGGAACAUGGCCCAGCACUUCAAGAAGGUCCUUGGGGACACACUCCUCACCAAGCCCGUGGACAUCGCCGCCGAUGGGCUCCCUUCGCCCAACCAGCUCAAGAGGAAGAUCCUUAUCAAGCACAAGAAGCUGGCUGAGGGCAGCGCCUACGAGGAGGUGCCCGCGUCCGUGAUGUACUCCGAGAAUGACAUCAGCAACUCCAUCAAGAACGGCAUCCUCUACCUGGAGGACCCCGUGAACCACGAGUGGUACCCGCACUACUUCGUCCUGACCAGCAGCAAGAUCUACUACUCCGAGGAGACCAGCAACGACCAGGGCAACGAGGACGAGGAAGAGCCCAAGGAGGCCAGCGGCAGCACAGAGCUGCACUCCAACGAGAAGUGGUUCCACGGGAAGCUCGGGGCGGGGCGGGACGGGCGGCACAUCGCCGAGCGCCUGCUGACCGAGUACUGCAUUGAGACCGGGGCCCCCGACGGCUCCUUCCUCGUGCGCGAGAGCGAGACCUUCGUGGGCGACUACACCCUCUCUUUCUGGCGGAAUGGGAAAGUCCAGCACUGCCGGAUCCACUCUCGGCAGGAUGCCGGGACCCCCAAGUUCUUCUUGACAGACAACCUUGUCUUCGACUCCCUCUAUGACCUCAUCACGCACUACCAGCAGGUGCCCCUGCGCUGCAACGAGUUUGAGAUGCGCCUCUCAGAGCCCGUCCCACAGACCAAUGCCCACGAGAGCAAAGAGUGGUACCACGCAAGCCUGACCAGAGCGCAGGCCGAGCACAUGCUGAUGCGGGUUCCCCGUGAUGGGGCCUUCCUGGUGCGGAAACGGAACGAGCCCAACUCCUAUGCCAUCUCCUUCCGGGCUGAGGGCAAGAUCAAGCAUUGCCGCGUGCAGCAGGAGGGCCAGACGGUGAUGCUGGGCAACUCGGAGUUCGACAGCCUAGUCGACCUCAUCAGCUACUACGAGAAGCAUCCGCUGUACCGCAAGAUGAAGCUGCGCUAUCCCAUCAACGAGGAGGCACUGGAGAAGAUCGGCACGGCUGAGCCUGACUAUGGGGCCUUGUAUGAGGGACGCAACCCUGGCUUUUAUGUGGAGGCGAACCCUAUGCCGACCUUCAAGUGUGCCGUCAAAGCCCUCUUCGACUACAAGGCCCAGAGAGACGACGAGCUGACUUUCACCAAGAGCGCCAUCAUCCAGAAUGUGGAGAAGCAGGACGGAGGCUGGUGGCGGGGAGACUAUGGUGGGAAGAAGCAGCUCUGGUUCCCGUCAAACUACGUAGAGGAGAUGGUCAGCCCAGCAGCCCUGGAGCCGGAGAGGGAGCACCUGGAUGACAACAGCCCCCUGGGGGACUUGCUGCGGGGCGUCUUGGAUGUGCCAGCGUGUCAGAUUGCCAUCCGUCCCGAGGGCAAGAACAACCGGCUCUUCGUCUUCUCCAUCAGUAUGGCGUCGGUGGCGCAGUGGUCCCUGGAUGUGGCUGCCGACUCACAGGAGGAGCUGCAGGACUGGGUGAAAAAGAUCCGCGAAGUGGCCCAGACCGCAGACGCCAGGCUCACAGAGGGGAAGAUGAUGGAGCGGAGGAAGAAGAUCGCCCUGGAGCUCUCCGAGUUGGUAGUCUACUGCCGGCCUGUCCCCUUCGACGAAGAGAAGAUUGGCACAGAGCGCGCCUGCUACCGGGACAUGUCGUCCUUCCCGGAAACCAAGGCCGAGAAAUACGUGAACAAGGCCAAAGGCAAGAAGUUCCUCCAGUACAACCGACUGCAGCUCUCCCGCAUCUACCCCAAGGGCCAGCGGCUGGACUCCUCCAAUUACGAUCCCCUGCCCAUGUGGAUCUGUGGCAGUCAGCUGGUGGCCCUCAACUUCCAGACCCCAGACAAACCUAUGCAGAUGAACCAGGCCCUUUUCAUGACCGGCGGGCACUGUGGCUAUGUGCUGCAGCCCAGCACCAUGCGGGACGAGGUCUUUGACCCCUUUGACAAGAGCAGCCUCCGAGGGCUGGAGCCGUGCGCCAUCUGCAUUGAGGUAGGUUUCGGGGGUGCCCGGCAUCUGCCAAAGAACGGCCGAGGCAUCGUGUGUCCCUUUUUGGAGAUCGAGGUGGCCGGAGCCGAGUACGACAGCACCAAGCAGAAGACAGAGUUUUUGGACAAUGGCCUGAAUCGUUGGCCGGCAAAGCCAUUCCACUUCCAGAUCAACCCUGAAUUCGCUUUCCUGCGCUUUGUCGUAUAUGAGGAAGACAUGUUUAGUGACCACUUCCUGGCUCAGGCUACCUUCCCGGUGAAAGGCCUGAAGACAGGGUACAGAGCAGUGCCUUUGAAGAACAACUACAGUGAAGACCUGGAGCUGGCUUCCCUGUUGGUCAAGGUCGACGUCUUUCCCUGCCAAGGUAACCGCAGCGCUGGGGAGAACGGUGACCUCAGUCCCUUCGGUGGUACGUCCCUGCGGGAGCGGGGUUCUGAUGCCUCGGCCCAGCUGUUCCACAGCCGGGGCCGCGAGGGGCUCCUUGAAGCGCGCUACCAGCAGCCAUUUGAGGACUUCCGCAUCUCCCAGGAGCCUGCAGACCACGUUGACGGCCGGGAACGGAGGGCCCCACGAAGGACUCGGGUCAAUGGAGACAACCGCCUCUAGCUGUGCCCCAGCCCCGUGGACAGCAGCAGGUGGCUGCAAUACCUCUUGGAAUGCCGUGCACUGGGUUUGCUGGAAGCGGCCUGCGUGGCAGCCUUCCUGGUCUCGCAUCCUGGAGCCUGGGUUUCCAGCAGUGAAUGCCAGACAAAAACCAAGCCAUCAGUGAGAUUAUUACUGUUUGGGGCCUCCACACCCACCGGGGUGGGGGCAGAAACCGUACUGUGUCUCGCGUUAAGCAACACAUAUCUGGCCCUGACUUCUGGAGGUGGAUCCUCCCAUCUUGUGGGGCCAGGACCUCAGCUGCAGCCCCUUGGAGAGAGAGGUUGCCUCAGCCGGCAGCACAGGAGGCUCUGAGGAGCCGCUGACAUUCCUGAGAAUGGAGGAGGAGGAGCAGCAGCAGCAGCCUUGCUGGGGCCAGGGAAACAAAGUUUACAUUGUCCUGCAGCUUUAAAACCACAGCCGGGCGGGUGGGAGGGUCGAUGCCCGCAGUUUGGCCCUGGAGCCAGGGCCUACGAGCACAGCGCCUGCCCGAGGGGGACACAGCACAAGGGCCACUGCCCACGGUGGGGAACGCGACCCGGCCUGAAAGAUACAGGGGAUCCCGUUAAAAGCAGCAGUAUUGGGCGUCACAGGGGACGGCGGGGCGGCCUGAAGCAGGGACGGGGCAGUGUGCCCCAGAGCCAUAGCAGUGCCUCGCUGUGGGAGGACGAGGGACCAGAACCGGGUGUGCCACACCACCAGGGGCCACGCUUGUCCCGCCACUGCCCAUUGCGGGGCCCUGGACGCAAGCCUGGAGGACCCGCUUCCAGGGCAGACGAGUGUGUGGACAUACUCGAGGCCUUCGUCGGGGUGGUCGGCGCCAGUGUGGCCAGAAUGGAGGAGCAGGUCGCCAAGGCGGAGGCCGAGCUGAGGACUCGGCCGGUGUACCCAGGAGACUCCCGCACACGGGUCCCAUGCCCCCUUCACGAGGCUCGCCCCCAAGGCCCCGCAGACCGUCUGCUUCGAAGCCCCAUCCUGUUCCGACCGAAGACCACUCUCCCCGUCGUCGUGCGAGACCUGGGUCUGAGUCUGCAAGAGGACGCCUCUGAGAUUAUCUCAAGUAUUAACUCAGUUGAGAACCCUGUUCCUAGACAUACAUGAUGUUGGAGUAUAGAAUUUUAAGUUUAUUUUUGCACACACUAUUUCUCACUAUCUUCAUUAUUUCACGUAGGAUGUAUGAUUUUCUAUGUCUUCCAUUUCUAACCUGAAGCUGCUCGGUGAGGGGCUGGGGCAGCAGAGCGGAAGGACUCGCCUGUGCGCCGUGGCAGGACUGUGACCCUCCCGGACGCUCAGGUCCAGCCCAGCUGACGGCGUUGCCUUCCCCAGGUUUCCGUGUCGUCUUAAGAAAAAACCACUGAGCCGCUCAAGCCUUGUUCGUAUUCGGUCCCAAUAGUGAUUCAGUUCUCUGUAGCUUUUAGGGUAGGGAGUAAAUUAUUUAACAUUAUAUUCAACUUUCCAUAUCAUGAAUUGUAAACUGAAGGAAAUCAUACAAUUUCUGAGGAAAUGUAUUGAUUUAUUUAAACUAUCCUGAAGCUGUGUUUGAAAGUAUGACCUCACAAUCUUAAUUUGUCCAUAGCAAACAUGUCUACGUAUGGUUGCCAACAUUUGGUUUAUAAUUUAAGAAUUAAAAUUUUAAAUUUUAUUGGAAAACCUUUCCUUCUAAAAAGGACUUUUUAAAAAGCCGUAUUUUUGUUUCCGUGGUAUAACUAUCUCACCCCUCCUGCCCCUCAUCUUGAGGAGCAGCCUCUGAGGUGGGCAGCUGCCCUGUCGGAGGGUUCAGUUUGGGGGGUUAAGGCACCGUCGGGAAUGGGUUGGGAUGAGAUAAAAUAGCAAAGCUUAUUCUGGUGAGGUGGUUUUUUUAAGGCAAAAAUAAAUUAAAAAAUAAAGACUCACUAUGCUUUCCCUUGGGAAUGGAAGAGGGAUUCAGGAGUCGCCUGCCUUGGCGGGUGCAGGGCGCGGGGCGGACAAGGGAGGCGGGGCAGGCAGUCCGGUGCUGAAGGGAGCUGCUGUGCGGAUGGCAGCUUCUGUUUAGCUGGGGACCAGAUCCGAGGAAGGAGGUGGGAGGGUGGCAAGGCAGCCCCACCUGGAAGCACAGGUUGGGGCCCAGGCCCGUGGGUGCACAGCAUAGCACCCAGCACAUGCAAACCCAAUGCCUGCAUUUGGGCUCACAGUUAGCUACUUGCUAGUUCUGCUGCCCUCUUAAGAUCUGACUGCCAAAUAAAUUAUCCUGGUCUCCUUUUUCCUUUAA